AUGGCGUCAGCAUACGAUUUGGACGAGCCUGAAAUACACCGGGUCAAUUUCGAAGAUACAGCACCGUUAAACGGCAACAGCAACAGUAGCAAAAAGGGAAGACAAGGAGCAGGGAGCGCGCGCACAGAGCCGCUAAACCCACUGGACAACUCAUUCAAAAAGCAGCGGUAUCCGGGCAAUGUCGUGAGCAACAACAAGUACAACUUCUUCACGUUUCUGCCCUUGGUCUUGUUUGAGCAGUUCAAGUUUUUCUUCAAUAUGUACUUUUUGCUCGUUGCUCUGUCGCAGUUUGUGCCACAGCUGCGGAUCGGGUACCUGUUCACAUACGUUGGCCCACUGGUGUUUGUGCUAGCAGUGACCAUGGCCAAGGAGUGGCACGACGACCAUGCACGCAAGAAGAGGGACAACGAGGCUAACUCACAGCGAUACAUGCGGCUGACGCCAGAUGGGCCACAGGUCAUCCCCAGCAAGAAGAUCCGCGUGGGCGACCUAAUCAUCAUCGAGAAGAACCAGCGCGUGCCGGCCGACAUGGUGCUGCUGCGGACGACCGAGUCGUCAGGCGCCUGCUUUGUGCGCACCGACCAGCUUGACGGUGAGACCGACUGGAAGCUGCGCGUUGCCGUCAACGCGACGCAGAAGCUUGCCGACAACCAUGAUCUGUUUGCGCUGCACGGCUCCGUGUUUGCCGACGCGCCGCACAAGGACAUUUAUGACUUUGUUGGUACGCUGACUAUCAGCGCCGGGUCCGAUGACACAGCAAAUUUGCCGAUGACGGUGCCGCUGGGCGUCGAGAACACCAUGUGGUCGAACACUACGCUGGCGUCGGGAUCGGCCGUCGGGUAUGUUGUCUACACCGGCAAAGACACGCGCGCGGCGAUGAACACGGGCCACGCAAAGACCAAGGUUGGAAUCCUGGACACUGAGGUCAACCGGCUGUCCAAGAUCCUGUUUGUCGUCACGCUGGUGCUGUCACUGGCUAUGGUCGCGCUCGACGGCUUCAAGGCCGUCUGGUACGUGACGCUGUUCCGCUUCCUAAUUUUGUUCUCGUCGAUCAUCCCCAUCAGUCUGCGCGUCAACCUCGACAUGGGCAAGUCGUUCUACUCGAUGGGCAUCGAGCGCGACAAUAGUAUCCCUGGCUCGGUCGUGCGCAACAGCAUGAUCCCUGAGGAGCUCGGCCGCAUUGAGUACUGCCUGACCGACAAGACCGGCACGCUGACCUGCAACGAUAUGGAGAUGAAGCGCAUUCACAUGGGUGUCAUGGCCUACACGCUUGAGACCUCCGAUGAGGUGACCCGCAGCAGCAGCAAGCACUCGGCGCUGCUGGCCAGGGGCCACGGCAAGGCGCGGCGCGACAUGCCGCAGCGCGUGUUCGACAUGGUCGAGAGCCUUGCGCUGUGCCACAACGUCACGCCAGCCGAGGAGGACGCGCCAGAGUCGCAUACGCACGAUGGCCGCGUGGGCCUCGGUGUUGCCCGGCCAAUGGCAUACCAGGCAUCGUCGCCCGACGAGGUCGCCAUUGUCAAGUGGACUGAGCACGUUGGCGUUGUGCUGGCCGAGCGCACACUGAGCACCAUCACGCUGCGGCUGGACGCGUUGAUCCCAGAGUCGCAGGCCGGCAUGGGAACGGCGCCAACGCUGACGUACGACGUUUUGCAGGUGUUCCCGUUCACCAGUGAGUCCAAGCGCAUGGGCAUCGUUGUGCGCAGCCGGCUGUCUGGCGAGAUCCAUUUUGUGCAGAAGGGUGCUGACGCCGUUAUGACGCGAAUUGUGCAGUACAACGACUGGCUGGACGAGGAGUGCGGCAACAUGGCGCGCGAUGGCCUGCGCACGCUGGUGGUUGGCCGCAAGCGGCUAUCUGCUGACGCCUACGCCCGCUUUGAGACUGCGUACCAGCACGCCAAGGUCAGCAUCGUCGGCCGCGCUGAAGCCAUGCAGCAGAUCGUCGCUGACUACCUUGAGAGCGACCUGGAGCUGCUCGGCCUGACCGGUGUCGAGGACCGGCUGCAGGACAAUGUGCGUGCGACGCUCGAGCUGCUGGGCAAUGCCGGUAUCAAGGUGUGGAUGCUGACCGGCGACAAGGUUGAGACUGCCACGUGCGUCGCUGUCUCGGCCAAGCUGGUGCGCCGUGACCAGCUAAUUCACGUCAUCGCCGGGCUCAAGGCUGCGCAUGAGGUGUCUGACGCGUUGGAGACGCUGCGCACGCUAGGCGACUGCUGCCUGAUCAUCGACGGCGACUCGCUUCACUUGACGCUGGACUUUUACCGCGACGAGUUUGUGCAGCUGGCCGCAGGGCUGUCGGCUGUCGUGUGCUGCCGCUGCUCGCCGACGCAAAAGGCAGACGUUGUGCGGCUGAUCCAGCGCUACACUGGCAAGCGUGUGCUGGCCGUGGGCGACGGCGGCAACGAUGUGAGCAUGAUCCAGGCUGCAGAUGUCGGCGUCGGGCUGGUCGGCAAGGAGGGCAAGCAGGCGUCACUGGCCGCAGACUUUUCAGUCAAUCAGUUCUCAUACCUGGGCCGUUUGCUGCUGUGGCACGGCCGCAACAGCUACAAGCGAUCUGCCAAGCUGGCGCAGUUUGUCAUCCACCGCGGCCUGAUCAUUUCCAUUAUGCAAGUGGUGUUCUCAGCGCUGUUCUACUUUGCGCCUAUCGCAUUGUUCCAGGGCUUGCUCCUGGUCGGCUACACGACCGUGUAUACGAUGGCGCCUGUCUUUUCGCUGGUGCUUGACCGCGACGUCACCGAGGACAUUGCCAUGCUGUAUCCCGAGCUUUACGCUGACUUGACCAAGGGCCGAUCGUUGUCGUACAAGACGUUCUUCACGUGGCUGCUUAUCAGCAUCUACCAGGGCGGCGCACUGAUGAUGAUUGCCGUGUGGCUGUUUGACACCGAGUUUAUCCACGUCGUAUCCAUUGCCUUUACAGGACUGGUGCUCAAUGAGCUGCUGAUGGUUGCCCUGGAGAUCCGCACGUGGCACCGUUGGAUGAUCUGGUCUAUUCUCGGAUCCCUGGCCAUCUACAUUGCCUCGAUAUGGGUGCUGCCCGCGUACUUUGACGUGUCGUUCAUCAUGUCCAGGGCCUUUGUAUGGAAGACCAUUGUCAUCACGGCCGUGUCCUCUGUCCCACUGUAUAUCAUCAAGCUUCUACGCCGCAUCUAUGCACCUCCGUCGUAUGCCAAGCUGGCUUAA